UGAAACCGGCUUGUGGUACCUUCCCCUAAUCGGGCUAUAACAGUAGGUGUGUUAGCAGGUGUGUCCCUAGGAGCCACACAGAUCCGUGGAGUGACACGCCUCCAAACAUGACCUAUAAAAACCUCUGCAAUUAGCAGUGGGAAGCUGACAACCUGCCUGAUAACUCAAGUGUAUCCAUCAAGCAAAACCAAAAUGGGGAACUGCGUACAAGGUAUAAAGGAUUACUUCUGCCGGCCGAAAAACACAAAUGUUCGGUUGAGCCUUCCCGCGGUAUGCUUUGUCUGGCAGAUCGCUAUGAUCAUCCUCUUCGGGGUGUUCAUCAGAUACGACGAGGAGUCCGACACCCACUGGAUAGAGCACAGAAAAUCUCACAACAUUAGUAGCGACAUAGAGAAUGACUUUUACUUCAGGUAUCCAAGCUUCCAGGAUGUUCAUGUGAUGAUUUUUGUGGGCUUUGGCUUUCUCAUGACGUUCCUGAAGAGGUACAGCUUUGGUGCUGUGGGCUUUAACUUCCUCAUUGCUGCAUUUGGCAUUCAGUGGGCACUGCUCAUGCAGGGCUGGUUCCACUCCCUGGACCACUCAGACGGAAAGAUCAAAAUUGGAGUGGAAAGUCUCAUCAAUGCUGACUUCUGUGUAGCGGGCUGCCUGAUUGCAUAUGGAGCAGUUCUGGGCAAGGUAAGCCCAGUCCAACUGCUGGUCAUGACGCUGUUUGGAGUUACCCUGUUCGCCGUGGAGGAGUUCAUCAUCCUCAGUGUGAUUCAUGCUAGGGAUGCUGGUGGCUCCAUGGUGAUCCACACAUUUGGGGGCUAUUAUGGUCUGGCCAUCUCUUGGGUUCUCUAUCGACCAAAUUUAGACCAGAGCAAACGUCUGCAGGGGUCUGUUUACCAUUCAGAUGUUUUUGCAAUGAUCGGGACCCUGUUCUUAUGGAUGUUCUGGCCCAGUUUCAACUCUGCCAUUACGGACCACGGAGACGGUCAGCAUCGUGCAGCCAUCAACACCUACUUGGCCCUGGCUGCCACUGUCCUCACCACUGUUGCUGUUUCCAGCAUCUUCCAGAAGAAGGGCAAAUUGGACAUGGUGCACAUCCAGAAUUCCACCCUGGCAGGGGGCGUUGCCGUGGGAACUGCUGCUGAGUUCAUGCUGACCCCGUAUGGCUCCCUGAUUGUGGGUUUCUGCUGCGGCAUCCUCUCGACAUUUGGCUACCUCUACAUCUCGCCAUUUUUGGAGAAGAAGCUGAAGAUACAAGAUACAUGUGGGGUCCAUAACCUGCACGCAAUGCCUGGGUUUUUGGGUGGAGUCGUCGGGGCCAUUACUGCUGCGGCUGCCUCUGAAGAGGUCUAUGGACAUGAGGGGUUGGUGAACACCUUUGACUUUGAGGGAGACUUUGCAAGCUGGACAGUGAAUAAGCAGGGUGGCCACCAGGCAGCUGGGUUGUGUGUGGCUAUUAUUUUUGGAAUUGGAGGAGGGAUCCUUGUCGGCAUCAUCCUUAGGCUGCCAAUCUGGGGGGACCCUGCUGAUGACAACUGCUUCGAUGACGAGGUGUACUGGGAGUUGCCUGAAGAUGAGGAGAGCAUCCCCCCCAUUCUUGAGUACAACAACCACAUGAGCAGUAAGCACCAGGACAUAGCAGAGCUAGUGCUGCGGGAUGACGCCCCCCCGGACUAUGGAGCAGUGGCCCCCACCUCCCUCGACCAGGUCCAUACUGAAGAUCCAUCCUUUGCGAUUUGAAAAUGGGGGUUAUUAUAUUUAUCCAGCAUUAUCUCCCCACCUAAUGAAGUCCCAUCCAAUGGAACUGUUAGCCUUAUUGUAAGUUGCUGAUAUGAAGUUCCAUGUGAUCCCGUCCAAGGUGCCCCUGUUCAGAAUUUCAGGUACUGCUCACACCAGGCCAUUUAAGCCUGCAAAAAUGGAGCUCCUGCAAGUUGGUCCAGAAUCAAACCUGGAAUCAGGCAAUAUAUUUCCCCAGGUAAUGAAACCAACCAACCCAAGUGCAGUACAAAUAGAUGUGUGAAUUCUGAAUUUCCACUCAUAACAUGUUAUAUACUCCUACAUCAUAGUGACCUUGUAAAUAUGAAAUGAAAUGUGUCAUGUCAAAUGCAUGCAGAGAAAUAUAACUAGGGGUUCAGACUAAAGUACUUCUCUUAAUGUAAUUAUAUAUUUUUUUUAAUAAAGGUGCACUUAAAACUGUAUUUAAGUAGUGAUACAGUCAUUGUGAACAUCAUGAAUGCUAAGAGAAAAAAUCACAAUGUUUAGUCUACAUACAGAGUCUAAACAAUUUUAGAUACUGUAUUGUUUAGCUAAUCUUUUAAAAAUCGAAAAUAACUGUGAUACCUGGUCUUUGUUUAAAUAUAAGGAAGGAAUUUCUGUUUUUAUUGCCCGCCCCCCAGCUGCUUUCAACAGAAAAAGUAUGGUCUUUCAAAUUUUAUUCUACCACUGUACUCAUUUUAUACUGUACUCAUUUUAAUUAGUUUUAAUUCAUAUCAUAUUGUAAUUACUAUAAUCAUUAAAGUAAAGUUGAAAGUUCCAGAGGUACCAGAUCAAUGAUAUAAGUGUACCAUAAUCCAUAGUAACAGCACAAUUGAUGAUUGUUUUAUUCUUCCAAUAAACUUCAGUCAGUUCAGUUAGGCCUGAACCAACUCUACUACUUUACCAACCAACAAAGUGUACCAUUACACUCUAUAGGAGUGUAGGAUUUCAUUAUUUCCUCUUCAGGACUGGAUCUGUACAUUCAAUAGUUAACAGGUUUUGAGAUAGAUUGCAUAUUACCCUUUAAUCCUUUCUCGUUUGUUUUUAACCAUUGCAUUUAUUUUAUUAUGAAUGUGGGAGAUGCAGCCACUGAAGGAAGCUUUUAAAUGUCUUGUUUUCUUGUAAAGCAUGUAACACAGAUCUUUUUUACAAAUUACAUUCCCCAGUACUUUUUAAAUACUGCAAUGGGUCUAUUUACUUUUUGUUUUUCUUUUAUAUUGUGAACAUGUAAAAUUAAGAACAGAUAGCACACACUAGAUAAAAAUCUGCUGCAAUGUUUAUCA